CAAAUUCGGAGGGGGCCCUGCGAUGCUACCUUCAUGAUAUCUAGCUCAGAUGACACAAAUCUCGCGGCUCCGCUGAAAUCAAUGCAGCUGCAUCGUACACCGCAAUCAGCGAUAUUCAUGCGUGUCUCGUCAUAGUUGCGCCCGGAGUAACACAAGAUCUCCCAGGUGGUGAAGAAAGCCGAGCCAUAUCACCUAAUCUAAACGGCUGAGUUGCGCUGCGGAGGAGCCGUAACCCUGGCUGUCCUCAUUAGCGUGGUCAACUCUUUGCGCAUCCGGUCAACGAUAUCGGGGAAUAUUGCGCUACUACUAGACAGCUCGACAUUUUUGGACUGGACCCGGCGAAUAUUGAUGUCACAUUUUGGAGAUGGAGAUGAGGCCGCAGGAUGUUUGUCAAUACCGGGAGCGUCCAGACCAAUAGGGGCAGUCAAAGUAGGCGAUUCUGGUGUGAUUCGAUGCUCGAUUCAUACGUGAUUCUGGUGUGAUUUUGAAAAGAUUUUGGACCCAGAAUCGCCAUCAAAUCACUGUCAAAUCGCAUCUUACUUUGACCGCCCUCGAUUCACCGACGAUUUGACACCCCAAGAUGUACUAGAACAUACUUACUGUCUCAUAUACACACUUCUUUCUUUUCACCUACCAUGCCCCGAGCCAACCGACGUACUGCACGCGAAAAAGCCCUCCUGGAGGCAUAUUUUCAGUUUCGAAGGGCCCACAUCCAGCGGCAGCUACGGCGCAAGAGAGUCGUGCGUCAAGCGCGCAACGCAGAGCCUUGCACGCAACCCAACUUUGACAUGGACCUCGAUCUAUCAUCGUUCGAGUUCUCAUCCUUUACCUCAGCAUCCUCCGGGUCGGACGACUUCAGUAACAGCUCUGCUGAGAGCUCCGAUGGCUGGUCAGACAUCUUAGGCUCGGAUUGGCGAGGUCUUAGUGACAUGUCCGAUACCUCUGGGACGGGUUUCAGCAGCAUGGAGUUCUCGGUGGAUGACGAUAUGCCCAGUCUCGACACAGUGUCUGAUUUUUCUGAUUCAGGCUCAGAGUCAGGAUGGGAUUCGGACUCGGACUGGGCAUGGGAUGUGUAUGAUGGGGAUGACGAGACGUCAAGUGUGGAAUCGGCCCCGGAGACACAAUGUGUUGGGACUGCAGUGCGAAAUGCCGUUAUGCAGGAGAUCCGGGACAUGUACACUCAUCGCUACGAACAGCCACGGGAUCGGUCUGCUCUACCACGACCUCCUGGCCAACUCAAGCACGUCUUGACGACGUGGAAAACGACCCGCCCCGAUCACUUUCGCGAAGCCCUUCGCGUCAAUCCCGCAACAUUUGAUGAGCUCACGGCAAAGAUCGAGAAUGACCCGAUCUUCUGGAAUGAGUCCAACCAGCCACAGGCGUCCGUCGACGAGCAACUGGCUGUGGCUCUGUUUCGUUUUGGACAUGACGGAAACGCUGCCAGUCUCCAAGCCGUUGCCAAUUGGGCAGGUCUGGGAAAGGGGACUGUAUUGCUGUACACCCGACGUGUUAUGAUUGCUAUCCUGCGUCCCUCUUUCAUGCAGGAUGCUGUGCGCAUGCCAACACCGGACGAGAAGGCGAGAGCAAAACGAUGGGUCCAGAAGCAUUCAUGCAAAUCUUGGCGGAAUGGCUGGUGCUUUGUUGACGGCACCUUGAUCCCUCUUGAUGAGCGUCCGACAUGGUAUGGUCCUGGAUAUUUUGACCGCAAAUGCAACUAUUCGCUCAACUUCCAGAUCGUCAAUCUGCCUAACUUGCAGAUCAUCGACUUCGGAUACGGACACACUGGAAGCGCCCACGAUUCUCAUGCCUGGCAAACCACCCGAAUGGCUUUGGAGCACGAAUCCCUGCUGGAGGAGGGAGAAUGGAUCUGGGCUGAUUCCGCAUAUCCAAUCGAUACCUGGAUUACGGCCCCAUACAAAAAGCCCGAGCGCGAUUUGCCAGACAACGAGGUGUUCAACAACCAUGUCUCGAUGUUACGGAUUCGAUCUGAGCACGCAAUUGGGUUUCUCAAAGGACGCUUCCAUUCGUUGAAGCACCUUCGUGUCCGCAUCAUGGACGCUGCCACCCAUAAACUUGCAACAUACUGGGUGGCUGCAUGCAUCGGCAUCCACAAUUUUGCUCUCCGUUCUGAGGAGAACAAACGUGGCGGUGAGGACCCGGAUUCGGAUGACCCUGAUCCAUUCAUCGGCGAGGGUCUUGUUGACGACAGUGCCUCAGAUGAUGCUACUGAUGGGAGAUUCGUAGCACCAGCUGUAAACAGCGCUCGUCCUGGAGCGCGAUUAGAGAAUGGGAAAUCUUUUUGAGAACAUCUCAAGAAUCAGUUGUUCCGUGCCAAGGAGCGUCGCCAUCAGCGACGGAAUAGAGAACGACACGAACAGUUACAGUGAUCUAUUUGGGACCUUUUGCUUAUGCAUAUGCGCUGGUGUAGUGACAGAUUACAAAACAUGUAACUUGGUGCAUCUAUUGGAACCUAGUUCGAAAACUG